CUCUUCAAAGCUUAAAGCCAAUGACCAGGAACCCAGCAGAGGCCUGGAGACCCCAGGGCCGAACCAGGCGUCCCCGGGGGCAUCCGAGGGGAGCGGCCCUUUGCGUCACGGAGGGCCCGCCCCUUGGGGACCUGGGUUCGGCGUGUUCUGCCCUCUGGGCCGCAGGAUUUCCGCGGUUGUGUAACGGCCCCUCGCUGACGUGCAGAGCUCUGGGCCCCGCAUCCCUCCACCUCCCAGGCUCUGGUCACUGGCGGCCACGCCAUGGCCUGGGCGGCGGCGGGGAGCUGCGGGGCGGGCGGCGCGCUCUCGGUGCACACCCCGCUGUUCGACCUGCCGCCCGCGCUGCUGGGCCAGCUCUGUGUCAUCCUGGACAGCUGCGACGGCGCGCUGGGCUGGCGCGGCCUGGGGGGAGCCCCGCUCAGCCAGAAGCCGGGCUCAUGGCUCCUGAGCACAGCAGCAGAGGCGGUGGUGGGAGCCUCUCCUGCAGCCACGGCAGGGCUAAGGAUCCCUCAGCGGAGCGACUUUCAAACACCUGGCUGGACGUUCGCCAUAUUGAAAAAUAUGUAGAUCAAGGUAAAAGUGGAACAAGAGAAUUACUUUGGUCCUGGGCACAGAAAAACAAGACCGUCGGCGACCUUUUACAAAUUCUCCAGGAGAUGGGACAUCAUCGAGCUAUCCACUUGAUUGCAAACCACGGAGCAGCCUUGAAUCCUCCAGAGCAGAGUCCUCAGGGAGAUGGAUUUCCAGACUUAUUCUCCAAGGAAACAGCCAAUGUCAGAGUGGAUGAUGUUCCUAUCCCUGAACAUAAUAAAAAAGGAAUAGUGCUUAACUCCUCUAUCAGCUUUCAAAACGUCCUAGAAGGAACCAACAACUUCCACAAAGGUUUCCUCAUUGGAGAAGGGGAGAUUUUCGAGGUAUACAGAGCGGAGAUCCAAAACCAAACCUAUGCCAUUAAGUUGUUUAAACAGGAGAAAACAAUGCAAUGCAAGAAACAAUGGAAGAGGUUUUUAUCAGAGCUUGAAGUUUUACUACUAUUUCAUCAUCCAAACAUCCUGGAGUUGGCCGCGUAUUUUGCAGAGAGUGAGAAGUUCUGCCUGGUUUAUCCAUACAUGAGAAACGGAUCACUUUUUGACAGAUUACAGUGUGUAGGGGACACAGCCCCACUCUCUUGGCACAUUCGAAUCAGCGUGUUAAUCGGAACAGCCAAAGCCGUUCAGUACCUGCACAGCACGGUCCCGUGCUCGGUCGUCUGUGGCAGCAUUUCAAGUGCCAACAUACUUUUGGAUGAUGAGUUUCAACCCAAACUCACUGAUUUCGCCAUGGCACACUUCCGACCCCACCUGGAGCCUCAGAGCGCCACCAUAAGCAUGAACAGUGGCGGCAGUAACCAUCUGUGGUACAUGCCGGAAGAGUACAUCAGGCAGGGCAAGCUGUCCACUAAAACAGAUGUCUACAGCUUUGGCAUCGUGAUAAUGGAAGUCCUGACUGGUUGUAAAGUGGUGUUGGAUGACCCAAAGCACAUUCAGCUGAGGGAUCUCCUGAUGGAACUGAUGGAGAAGAGAGGCCUCGAUUCAUGUGUCUCAUUUCUAGAUAAGAAAGUGUUUCCCUGCCCUCGGAAUUUUUCUGCCAAGCUCUUCUCUUUGGCGGGCCAGUGUGCUGCAACACGGGCAAAAUUAAGACCAUCAAUGGAUGAAGUCCUGACUACUCUUGAAAGCUCCCAAGCCAGCUUAUACUUUGCUGAAGACCCUCCCACCUCACUCCGGUCUUUCAGGUGUCCUUCUCCCCUGUUCUUGGAUAACGUGCCCAGUAUUCCGGUGGAAGAUGAUGAAAGACAGAACAGACAGCCUCCGCUUCAUGAUAAACAUUUGGGGAAAGAGAGAAUGGCUCAGAAAAUCCCUUUUGAGUGCAGCCAGUCUGAGGUUACUUACCUGGGCUUUGACAGGAAGACAGAGAGUAAGAGAAAUGAGGACGCUUGCAAACUGCCUAGUUCUCCCCAUGAAGAAUGUUGGCCUGCACAGCAUGCAGCACCAGCCUGGGAUUCAAGGGCCUCCGGUGUAGAUGCAGACCCUUCUGGGGAAGCUGCAGGCCACUCUCCCAGGAGCAGGCCCGUGGAGACCAGCUGUUCCAGUGUAUUUGUCUGGAAUGAAUGUGAGCAGGACAAAAAGGAAUCCAUCUUACCAGAAGAUAAAGAAGAUGACAAGUAUUACCCAGGCACCUGAGUACAGGUGCCAUCUUGGGAAGACAUUGCCUUCAUAAGUAAUGCCCUGAGGAUGAUCCAUGUGACCUUGGUAAUGGGGAUCAGCAAUCUGGACGAUCCCAUUCUUCCCUCUCCAACUUGCAAAACUGGGGGCCUUAAAAGUGUAUUUUAUCGAGUAAUCGCCUCAGAUCAAACCUAGGCUAAAUUAGAGCCAUUUGUGAUCACUUAAGAUCAGGGGCUAUGACUUCAGACAAACAAAGCGAUCCAAACCCCCCCCCAAACGAGACUGGAUUCUAAUGUCCUUCACAGCAUUGAUCUGAGCCCUCAGAUCCUCAUUCUGCUACGUGUGUUCAGUUGGAUUCCAUCAUUGGGUGUAGCUUGCCUGUGAAGUCGUAGGAAAUGUCUAGUUUAUAAAUAUUAAUAGUUGCCCUUUAAA